AUGACAGUAACGGAGAUCAACAGUACUCUAAGUUUCUAUAAAUCCCAAUUUCAGAAAGGAAUAAUCACACGCAGAGUUUCAAGGAUCACUUCUUGGGCUUGCGGACUCCAUGGACACAUUGAAUUGGGAGAAGUGGUUGCAAAGAAGUCGCUUGAAAUGGAGAAAGUAAAUGUUGAUAAAGUAAGGAAAAAUAUGAGGGAAAAGGGUUUGAAAAAGGAAGUUGGCUCCAGUUGGAUUGAUAUCGGAGGUUCCGUGGCCCAAUUUGUGUCGAAAGAUGAAGACCACUCUAAGUUGGAUUGA